AUGUCCACUUUGCGAUGGAGCAACCCCGCGGGCUCUGACCAAUCGUCUCGAUUCCGGUCGGCCUCCGGGCGGCCCGACACCCAAGACCUCGCCUGGCUCCGAGAGGCUGUCGAAAGCGGCGAUCCCGAUGCCCAGGCCUAUGUCGGAAACUGCUUCUUCUAUGGCUGGGAAACCGAGCGCAACUUCACCCAGGCCGUUUCGUUCUACCGCCUGGCGGCCCAGAACGGCCAUCGCGAGGCCCAGUUCCACCUUGGCGAGGCUUACUUUGAGGGUCUUGGUGUCGAAAAGAACUACGAAACGGCAAUAUACUGGUACCGGAAGGCCGCGGAUCAGGGCGAGCUGAACGCCUGCACUGCCCUGGGCUACUGCUACUUCAACGGCAUCGUCUUCUCGGUCGACUACUCGGUGGCCUACAUGUGGUACCGCAAGGCUGCCGAAGGCGGCAACAUCGACGCCGCCUUUGAGGUCGGCAACUUUCACUUCUACGGAAAGGGUGCCAGCCCCGACACCGCCCAGGCCGUGCUCUGGUACCAGCUUGCUGCCGAAAAGGGCCACUCCGAAGCCCAGAGUGUCCUCGGCAAAUGCUUGCUCGACGGCAUCGGCGCCGCCCGUGACUCUGCUCGAGCGAUCCACUGGCUCAAGGCAUCCGCGGACCAAGGCAACUCCAGCGCCCAGCUCGAGCUCGGCAAGUUCUAUAUCGACUCGACCCACCCCGACCACAACAGCGACUAUGGUGUACAGCUGAUCAAGAUGGCUGCAAAACAAGGAAACUCGCUUGCCCAGGUGCAGCUUGGAAUCUGUUUCAGCGAAGGCCAAGGCGUCGCCUGCGAUCCCGUCCAAUCCAUCCGAUGGCUCCGCGCUGCCGCCGACCAGGGUGAGUCUGAGGCCCAGUAUCUCCUUGGCAACGCCUUCCUCGAGGGUAGCAGCGGCAUGCCCCAGGAUGACGCCCAGGCCGUGCUCUGGUAUCGCCGUGCUGCCGAGCAGGGCCACCCCACCGCCCAGUACAAUCUCGGAAACGCCUAUUUUGAUGGCACGGGUGUGCCUUGCGAUUUCUCGACGGCCGUAUACUGGCACCGCAAAGCUGCCGAUCAAGGAAACGUCUACGCCAUGUUCAACCUCGCCAACAGCUAUGCCGAGGGCCUUGGCAUCGAAAAGAAGCCCGAGGAGGCCCUCAAGUGGUACGAAAAGGCCGCCUCGCUCGGCGACCCGGAUGCCCAGUUCGAGCUUGGCAACAUAUAUCUUGCCGGCAAUGACAUCGUUGAGCCCGACUCGGCCAAGGCUGCCAAGUAUCUCCAAGACGCCUCAAACUCUGGCCAUGCUGAAGCCAUGUCCGCCCUCGCGAGCUGCUACUUCCUUGGCCAGGGUGUCGAGAUGAACCUGCCCGUUGCCUUUGAUCUCAACUAUCGCGCCGCAAACCUGGGCAACCCGAACGCCAUGACGGGCCUCGGGUUCCAUUUCCUCGAUGGGCUCGGUGUCGAGCAGAACCUCGAGGAAGCCGUCGUGUGGCUCCGGAAAGGUGCUGAGCAGGGCCAUCCCCUGGCUGCCCUUCGGCUGGCCGACUGCUAUUUCGAAGGUCUCGGCGUCCCGCAGAAUCCAGGCGAAGCCGUCGUGUGGUACCGCGUUGCCGCUGCCGCCGGCAUCCUCGAGGCCCAAAACAACCUCGGUGACUGCUAUCUCAAGGGCAUCGGCGUGGCCCCGGACUGCUCGAUUGCCAUCAACUGGUUCCGCAAAGCAGCCGACGAAGGCUUUGACCUGGCGCUUGUUGGCCUGGGCGAGUGCUAUUCCCGCGGCGGACGGGCCGUGCCAAGGAACCCAUCCAAAGCGUACGCUCUGUUCCUGCAGGCUGUCGACCUGGGUCAGCUCGAGGGCCUGGUUGAGCUCGGUCACUGCUUCUACUACGGCGAAGGCGUCGAGCAGGACUACUUCCAGGCCGUGGCGUACUACCACCAAGCCCUCCAGGAAGGCUCCGUUACGGCGACAGCGGCGGCCAACUUGGCCCACUGCUUCGAAAAUGGCCUCGGUGGCCUCCCGAUUGAUCCGCGCCAGGCCCAAGUGUGGCAAGAGGCCAGCCUGAAGGAAAGCAGCACCCUUGAGCGGCCGUUUGGCGCCAGCUACGAGUCGGGUAACUACCCUGAUGCGGACGCCCCGUCAAGAGCCUUCAACCGAUCCGACAGCAACAAGAAGAGCAUCUGGAAGCAAUUCUGGUCGCGCGUCCGGAACGGUGUCAAGGGAGUCAAGGGCCGCGGUGGCAAGCGUAACAGCUUCAUCGAAUAA